AUGACGCCCGCUCUGUGGUCCUGCCUCGUCCUGGUCCUGCUCUCUGGCCUGGCAGCCUCCGGCUUCCCAAGAAGCCCCUUCCGGCCGCUCAGGAAACGGAGCCUCCCAGAAGGGGUGGUCGACAGCACUGAGGUCUACAGCACCAAGAUCAGCUGCAAGGUGACCUCUCGCUUUGCUCACAAUGUCGUCACCACAAGGGCCGUCAACCGUGCAGAAAAGGCCAAGGAGGUUUCCUUUGACGUGGAGCUGCCCAAGACAGCCUUCAUCACCAACUUCACCUUGACCAUUGAUGGUGUUACCUACCCUGGGACUGUCAAAGAGAAAGAAGUCGCCAAGAAGCAGUAUGAAAAGGCCGUGUCCCAGGGCAAGACAGCCGGUUUGGUCAAGGCCUCGGGCAGGAAGCUGGAGAAAUUCACAGUUUCAGUCAAUGUGGCUGCGGGCAGUAAAGUUACCUUUGAGCUAACCUACGAGGAGCUGUUGAAGAGACACAAGGGCAAGUACAAGAUGUACCUCAAGGUCCAGCCCAAGCAACUGGUCAAGCACUUUGAGAUUGAGGCAGAUAUCUUCGAGCCCCAGGGCAUCAGCAUGCUGGACGCUGAAGCCUCCUUCAUCACCAAUGACCUUCUGGGCAGUGCCCUCACCAAGUCCUUCUCAGGGAAAAAGGGCCGUGUGUCCUUCAAGCCCAGCUUAGAACAACAGCGCUCAUGCCCAACCUGUACAGACUCACUCCUCAACGGGGAUUUCACCAUCACCUAUGACGUGAACCGAGAGUCUCCAGCCAACGUACAGAUAGUCAAUGGCUAUUUUGUGCACUUCUUUGCACCUCAAGGCCUUCCAUCGGUGCCUAAGAAUGUGGUCUUUGUGAUUGAUACCAGCGGCUCCAUGCAUGGUCAGAAAAUACAGCAGACAAGGGACGCCCUCCUCAAAAUCCUGGAGGAUAUGAAGAAGGAGGACUACCUGAAUUUCAUCCUGUUCAGUGGCUAUGUGACCAAUUGGAAAGACAGCUUAGUCCAAGCCACUCCGGAGAACCUCCAGGAGGCCAGGACGUUUGUGAGGAACAUUCAGAGUAGUGGAAUGACAAACAUAAAUGACGGGCUGCUGAGGGGCAUCAGUAUGCUGAACAAGGCCCGGGAAGAGCAUACGGUCCCAGAGAGGAGCACCUCCAUCAUCAUCAUGCUGACGGAUGGGGACGCCAACGUAGGUGAGAGUGGUGGGUGUGGCAGCAAGAAUGCCUAUGGCGAGGAGAAGGAGAACCUCAGGGCCCGGGCCCUGGACCUGUCGCUCAAGUACCACUUCGUGACUCCACUGACCUCCAUGGUGGUGACCAAGCCUGAGGACAAUGAGGACCAGACGGCCAUUGCCGACAAGCCCGGGGAAGGUGGGCACAGAGAGUCUGCGAUCCCCUCCAUGGCCUACCUGACCAACUACCAGCCUCCGCAAACACCCUACUACUAUGUGGACGGGGACCCCCACUUCAUCAUCCAAGUUGCAGAGAAAGAUGAUGCCAUUUGCUUCAACAUCGAUGAAGACCCAGGCACGGUGCUGUGCCUCAUCCAGGACCCAGUCACAGGCCUCACGGUUAAUGGGAAGAUCAUUGGGGACAAGAUAGCCAGCCCUGACUCUCAGACCAGAAAGACUUACUUUGGAAAACUGGGGAUUGCCAAUGCUCAGAUGGAUCUCCGGAUUGAAGUGACAACGGAGAAGAUCAUCCUGUGGAAUGGGGCUGUGCAGAGCACUUUCAGCUGGCUGGACACAGUCACAGUCACACAGGAUGGGCUGUCUGUGACAAUCAACAGGAAGAAGAAUAUGGCAGUCUCCUUUGGAGAUGGGAUUACCUUUGUGGUCGUCCUGCACCAGAUGUGGAAGAAACAUCCUGUCCACCAUGACUUUCUGGGCUUCUACGUGGUGGACAGUCACCGGAUGUCAGCACAGACACACGGGCUGCUUGGACAAUUCUUCCACCCCUUUGACUUUAAAGUGUCUGACAUCCACCCAGGCUCUGACCCCACAAAGCCAGUUGCCACAAUGGUGGUGAAGAACCAUCAGCUGACAGUCACCAGGGGCUCCCAGAAAGACUACAGGGAGGAUGCCGGUAUCGGCACAAAGGUCGUCUGCUGGUUUGUCCACAACAACGGGCAAGGGCUGAUUGAUGGCACCCACACCGACUACAUUGUCCCCAGCCUCUUCUGA